UCCUUGAUACUGAAGGGCUCAAUCUUAUCUUAACAUGUUCUAUGAUUAGUUGUCAUUUUCAAUCCGCGUAAGAUUUUUAAUUCGCCCUGAAUCAUAGGUGACAAACUUCACAUGCCAUCAGCUACAUUCUUAUGUUUGAAGUCUACCAAGUUGUUGUGUGUUUCGAGUUUUGUGUUUUUUAUUAUUGAGCCCCCCGAAACGAACAAAACGGCUUUGACUAUGCCUAUCUCUCGGUUUCCGAUAAGUGGCCACGACUAUCAGCUGGCAGAUUAAGUGUUAGUUUUAUCAGCACAUUUGGGAGUCCAAGGGGUGGUGUUCCAGUCGAUAUGGGCAGUCGAGCGACAGCGGAUCCGCCAAUUCCCGAUUUCGAUUCCGAUCCGAUUCCGGCCAACAGAAGCCUCGAGGAGCGCCUUGGAUUGGUUGGCGAAUCAGAGAUCUACGAUUCGUUAUGGUUUACCACACUGAUCCAGAGCUGGGAGUCGCUGGUGCUGAUCCUGUCCACCUUCUGGUGCAUCCUCUUGGCCCGAGUAGUGACCCAAAAGUUAAGGCUCAAUGGCUCACCCAAUCUCUGCUAUGCAGUGGAGUUCAUUCUGGUCAUUCUGCCCUGCAUUUUGCUCGUCACAGUGGCCGUGGACUAUAGUUACCACAUAGGACUAGUGAUGUUUUUGGUCACUCUCUGGUUCCUGCGCAGGACUAAGGCUCUGGAACGAGCUAGAAUUCGCAGCCAUUUUGAUUUGGGUGGCAACCGUCCCAUGGCCUUCUCCGUUCUGCGUGCUCUGACUCACCUGAUCACCGCCAUCUGCAUUCUGGCCAUCGACUUUGGCAGUUUCUAUAGGCCUUAUCGCAAAAGCCGGCAGUUUGGCGCCAAGCUAAUGGACACGGGCAUUGGCUUGUUUGUUUUCACCAUGGCCAUGGUGUCCAGGCGUACUCGACACUGGUCAGAUCUCCGCCGGAGUGUGCUUUACUCCGCUUUGCCUUUGAUACUUUUGGGACUGGCCCGUACCGUGGCCAUUUUGAUGCUGGGCUAUGGCCAGGAUGCCCAUGAAUAUGGACAGCAUUUGAAUGCCUUUUUUACACUGGGAUUUACCAAGUUUUUGGGAGCUUUGGUUGGUCUACUGGCGCGCAAGGAUCUGCAUUUACUGCCCUUGGGAUUUGGUCUUUUGCUCAUACACCAAUUUGGCCUGAGUGUCCUGGGCAUUUCCGACUAUGUGAUGGAUGAGGAUGUGGAACGCUCCAACUUAUUUGAUGCCAACCGCGAGGGUCUCGUCUCCUUGCCAGGAUUCGUGGCCUUGUACUUAGUAUCCAUAUAUGUGAAUCGCUGGAUGGUGGCCACCACUUUGUUGAGCUACUCCGAAUUGGUCAAAAAGCUGCGGCGAUUGUUCUACCUAGUGCUGAUCUUGUGGAGCUUGUUCGUCAUCAGUACUUACGGCAUUGGCAUCUCGAGGGUCACUUGCAAUUUUGGCUAUGUCAUUUGGAUGCUGGCCAUUGGCAGCACCACCUUGUGGGCCAGCUUUGGAGCCAUAGACUUAGUCAUAAACAGUGUGAUGCCAUGGGAAGCCAAUCAAUUGGAGGAGCAGGAAAAGGGUCUUCUUACAGGAGAUACUCCCGUCAAGGGAAGAGAAAAGUCCAUUGUUCCAUUUACCAUCAACCAGGCCUUAAACCAAAAUGGCUUAACCUUCUUCCUGGUGGCCAAUAUAUUAACCGGUGGGGUAAACAUUUUCCUCGAACCGGAGGACCGCUCCAAUUUUGAGUCCGUCCUUAUUCUACUUGUCUACAUGUUUAUAGCCACUAAAAUGGCUCACGAAUUGCUGAAAAGAGGAGUUCGAAUAGCUUAAUGUAAGAUUUACCCGUGAUUUAAUUGAAUUUAACUUAAAUAUAUUUAUAUCUUUAAAUGCUUUUUAAAAGUGACUAAUUACAGAAUUAUAAUCUCAUUCUUUCAAAGGUUGCCCUUGCUUUAUUAUCUUUAUAAUUUUAUACUAACUUGUUUGUCUGUUGGUUAAACAACUUCGUUGUGGCAUUUGUCUAAUCGAUUAGCUGUCAUUUUUGACUCUCAUUUAUUUUAUUUGUACUACGUACGGAAAAGAACCCUGGUUCUAAAGUUAUAUCAGUAAACGUUUGGCAUUAAUUACAAUCUUUAAUUUAUAGGGGAUUGCAAUUUGUGGCCUUCUUUUUUUAAUUUACUUUGAAAUGAUAAGAAAUUUUCAUUUUGUUAUACAUUGUACAUAAAUAAAAAACCAGGAAAGAAGCCUUGUAGUUAUAAGAAAAAUGUAUAUAUGACUAUACCAAUUUAUUUAUUUACUAUUUACUAAAUUGUAAGCUUCCACAUA